AUGUUACUGCUGCAGGUUCUGAUUGCGACUUCAGCGUGGUCUUAUGGACAUGCACAAAAAAGUGUGACGCAAACUCCCAUAUCUAUCACCAGACAAAAAGGUAAAACUGCAGUUAUGCUCUGUAAAAUUCCUGGUGCCACUAUCAACAGUGAAUACAUACACUGGUAUCGACAGAGCCCUGGUGCAGCUCCAAAGAGGAUUUUGUAUGCUCAAGCGACAUCAGUGACUGUGGAUGAAGGCAUUGAUAAAGGAAGGUUUGAAGUUUCAACUGUUGCUUCUGAACACGUCUCUAUUCUCCGCAUGCACCAGCUAACCCCUGAGGAUACUGCUAUGUAUUAUUGUGCCGUCUGGGAUCCAAAUGAGUUCAAGUACUUUGGCACAGGAACAAAACUGGUUGUUUCUGACACAAAAGCAAAACUUAAUCCUCAGAAGGUCCAGAUCCUGUCUCCUACGACACAAGAUGGGAAUGGAACAUACGUAUGCCUCUUUGAGGAUUUUUUCCCAAAUGUUAUUAACGUGACUUGGGAAGGCCCGGAUGCAGAUAAAAAUGCAAUACGUGGUGAAAUUUGGCCCUCUGGUGACGAUCAAAACUCAUACUCAAUGAGUAGCUGGCUGACUAUGGAUGAUCCUGACCAGAUGUAUAACUGCACAUAUAAACAUGAAAGCGGAAAAGAUUCUGUUCCUCUCCAAUCCCAAGCACCUAAUGCUCCGGACAACCAGAUAGUGCCUUGCGUCAACAGAGUUGAGAACGGCACCACGUUUUCCACAGAUUAUGAUUUUACAGAGAGUUUAACGCACACAACUGCAUAUUUCGUAUACAUCCUCCUUCUCCUGAAAAGCACCAUGUACUACGUCAUUGUACUCUUCUUCAUGUACAGAAUGAAAAGUUCAAGCAAACGCCAUGGAAAGAAACCCUGAACUUCUCCUUCAGCCUUCCAGCCUCAACAUGUGUGUCUGAAAGUUACUUUGCUUGUGAACAGGUUUAUGACCAUGAAACACCUUGCUCCACAUAUUAAGAUAUGCUUUGAGUUUGAGUUUGUUGGUUAUUUCUUUAAUUAUAGCAUAAGAAGGCUUCUUCUGCUUUGGGCCUAACAGUUUUACAGUUGGUCUUUUUUAUCAUUUUAAUUUUGCAACUAUUGAAUUUCCUAGAUUAUACUCCUUGGUUUCAGUGGGAAUUCUGCCUCACAAAGCGGGGCAGGAUCCAUCUCUUAGGCUCCUCUACUGCAAAAACAUUUGUGCACAUAAAGAACAUUUUGGAUCUGGGCAGCCCAACAGCAUGCAGUAAAGUCUGUGUGAAAACUCGGCCCCAUACAUAUUUGCAGGAAUGGAGUCCUAAUCUGUAACUUAAAAGAAUUUCUCAUUUCAUAGCUACUGAUUUCAUGUAUUUGCUUUAUAA